AUGAGAUCCUGGGUUUCGUGCUUGCUUCUGCCCCUGAUUACCAUUGUCGGGAUCGCAAAUGCCACUGCUGAAUACACCGGAACGGAUUGCAACCCCCUCAAGAACACGACAUGUAGUGCGGAUCCUGCCCUUGGAACCGAGCACACAUGGCUCUUCAACUCAACUCUCGACACUGACCUCUGGACCAUGAAAACUGGAACUCUGGACUACACAUCCGAAGGCGCCGACUUCUCCAUGAAAACCGAAAACUCGUCAACUCUCCUAGUAUCCAACUUCUACAUUUUCUUCGGCGUGAUGGAAGCACACGUUAAGAUGGCAAAGGGAGCCGGUAUCAUCAGCAGUGUCAUCCUGCAAUCCGACGACCUGGAUGAGAUCGACUGGGAGUGGGUUGGAUACAACACGAGCGGAGUGCAAUCCGAUUUCUUCGGCAAGGGAAACACAACCACCAGUGAUCGGGGCGGAUAUCACGCGGUUUCAAAUGCAGACACCGAGUUCCACAACUACACCUCUUACUGGGAUAAAGAUCGUCUUGAAUGGUGGAUUGAUGGCGACUUGGUGCGGACGGUGAACUACUCCGAGCCGUUGACUGUGUACGGCAAAAACUACCCCCAAACACCGUGUCAGGUCAAGAUUAGCAAUUGGCCGGUUGGAGUCAAGGGACAGUCACAAGGCAAUCUGGAUUGGGGUGGUGGUUUGGUUAACUGGUCCGAUGUUCCGUUCACUAUGAGUGUAUCGAAGGUCCGAGUUCAGGAUUUCCACACCGGAAAGGAGUACAAGUACAAUGGGACCACCGGCACCCGUGAGAGUAUUGAAGUGGUCAGUGGAAACUCAACCGCCAUAGCGCAAAUCAACAAGAAACCAGCCAAGACGCUAUCCGAGAAAUGGGAUGAUCUGGGCCAGGGGGCUCACAUCGGUGUGUACUGCGGUGCCGCUGUUGCUGGCGCGCUUCUGGUUGGUGCAUUUUUAUUCUUUUGUUUAAAGCAACGCCGGAGUGGCCGUCUACAACAAGCGUUAAACGAUGGUCAAUAUAGCGCAGAGCUCACGACGUUGGAGCAGUCAAAGUUGAGAUGGAGGCAAAGUGAAUUGCGCAGCAAAGGAAGCUACCAGCCAGUUCCUUAA